AGCGUGGCUGCACUGCAGGCUCAGACUGUGAGCCCGGGAGGCUUGUGGGCAGGCAAGCAGGCAGGGCCUGUGGGACUCAGAGAAGGACCGACUGGCUGGCCCAGAGGGACCAUCUCCAGCCAGAAAUGGGAGUCACUGUGGAUGUACACCAAGUAUACAGAUACCCAUUCGAGCAAGUGGUGUCUAGCUUCCUCAGAAAGUACCCUAACUCCAUGGAUAAAAAUGUGAUUGCUGUGAGAACUGUGGAAGAAAGAACAGAUGUGUCAACGGGGAUCAUCUACAGAAAGAGAAUUGCAAUCUGUCAGAAUGUGAUUCCAGAAUUUUUAAGAAAGGUGAGCAUUUUAAAAGUGCCAGAUAUCCAGUUAGAGGAGGAAUCAUGGCUCAAUCCUCAGGAGAGAAAUAUGGCUAUAAGAAGUCACUGCCUUACCUGGACACAAUAUGCAUCCAUGAACGAAGAAUCUCUCUUCAGGGAAAGCUUGGAAAAUCCAAAUUGGACAGAGUUCAUACAAAGAGGCAGAAUAUCAAUCACCGGGGCAGGAUUUCUCAACUACAUAUUAGAGACUUUUGCCCGUACUUUUCUAAAGCAGGGUGCCCAGAAGGGAAUUAGAAUAAUGGAAACUCUUCUGAAAGAACAGUGUGGGACCCCCUUACCUGAGUAAAGAAUAAUCAGGGAAGUUGAGUCCAUGUCUGCAGUUCCAAGAGAACAAUGCCUUUGUUGCCACUGAAUUUCCAGAACCUUUGGCCAUUCCAGUCAUAGAGUGAGGAGGGCUCAAGCAUACAACACGGACAGCUUAAAGAAAAGGAAUUAGUCUUCUACAAGUAUUUAAAAGGAUAUACUCUGGGGCAGCUAGGUGGCGCAAGUGGAUAAGCACCAGCCCUGGAAUCAGGAGUACCUGAGUUCAAAUCUGGCCUCAGAUACUUAACGCUUACCAGCUGUGUGACCCUGGGCAAGUCACUUAACCCCAAUUGCCUGACCUAAAAAAAAAGAAAUCAUACUCUUUUGGGAACACGGUUCUUUUUCCAUUUGCUGAAAGAAAACCUGACUCUUGGAGAUAAAUUCUACAAUUGGAAUUUUAUUGGAAUUUUACUUUUUUUUUUACUUUGAAAAUGAAAAAGCAUGUGAUGUUUAGGAUAAUUUUUGCUAGUGAUGCCUAGUAUUGUCUAUAAUUGUCUAAUGCCAUGAAAGAAUCAAGAAUUGUUUAAGAAGAACAGAUGGUGGUCCUCCAUGUACAUGAACAUCACUAUAGUCACAGGAUCAUGAGGAUUAGUAAAUUUAAAUUUAACCCUUAUAUGAACAAAGGAAUUGUGUUUUGAACCUGAGAUGGCCUGUGGUAGUCAGCCUGUUGUUGGACUAUGUUAAAACAAAUUACCUUUAUAGAGCAUAGAUUAUGAUGGUUUGGUAUCCUUUUCAUUACUCUCAAGAAGCACAUUAGCCAUUUUUCCUAUAAUAAUAAUUUUAUAUUCUGAUAUUCUAGGUGAAUCCAUGACAUUUAGUAGAGCAUUAAGUUGGAUAUAAAGAGAUGAGUUCUAGUCUUGAUUGAUAUUAUCAGGUCAGUUAACUGAUUUUCAUUUCCUUAUCUCUGUUAAGUGGGAUAAGACUUGCCCUACUUGUGUCUACUAUUUGCAAGGCAACACAAAAAUCUUUACAAAUAUUAUCUCAUUUUACCUUCACAAUAGCACUGGAAGGUAGGUGUUAUUUGUACCCCCAUUUUAUAGAUGAAGAAACCUAGACAAACUGAGGUUAAGUUACUUGCUCAGGGUCACACAGCUAGGAAGUGUGUCUGGGACUGGAUUUGAACUCAGGUUUUCCUGACUCUAGGCUCAAUGCUUUAUCUGAUGUGCCGCCUAGAUCAAGUCAGAUAAUAGAUAUGAAAGCACUCUGAAAAGUUGAAGACAAUAAAAUUCUUUCUUAAAAACCACAGUUCAGUACUGAUUUAUUCUAUGAGAUGAAGACAAAGUAAGCAAAACAUAAAUGAAACAUGUUAGUUGUGAAAGAGAAUAAUUUUGAAUUCAUCCUAGGAUAGAGAAAAUGGCCCAUCAUUGAAAGUUUCAGAAGAUAAUUUCUUAUUCUUAAUAUUCAAACCUUCAUUUCACUUCAUGCAUUGAUGGGUUUUAUGGUUAUUGUACUUUUCAAUGCAGGCUUUGAAUUGUGAACUUUUAUUUCUUAUAUUUGUGUUGCUUGAUUUUUCCCCCCCUUAGGAUAAUUUCCCCUGGGUUUUUUUGCUAUAUCAUUUAGCCUUCAAUUGUACUGGGAAGAAAAUAUGAAGGACAGAACUUAGAGGUUACUUUGUUUUUUCCAUCAAUAUGUGGUACCUGGACUUUUCAAAUGACAGCCUAGUUCCAAAAAUAAGACGUUAUAGUAUUGCUAUUCCAGUGAAGUUGUAUCUGAUUUGCUUCCUUUCCUGAGGAAUUUAAGGUGAUUUACAGAGAUUAUCUUACUCUCUUUUAUAUGACUCCUUUGAAGAACUUAGGAUCUUUAGUAUUAUGUCCAUUUUAGAGAUGAAAAGAAAACAAAACUAACCUAAAGUACAAAGAGGCAGAAUUUCCUUUAUAACUGAAUUGGUUUAGGAGUUUAAAGGUCAGCCCAAAACCCAUCAGGCACCAUAGUCUUCUGCAGAGUUGCUUCUUCCAAUUUGCUGAAUUUCAUCCUUAGAUGCAUUAUUUUCUCAAAGGUCACCUUUACACUAAGGUUAUAUCUUUUACAUUUGUGAUAAUAAUUUUUGCCUACUCAUUUUAUUUUCGCAGAUAUUGGUAGCUUUAUGUAUCAAAUCUGUUCUGAUAUGCCAUUUAAAAAUGGAUUAUGGCUUAUAAUUUAUUUUAAUUCUAUAUACUUCUCAUUGUCAUGUGAUCAGACAUCCGAAAGUCCCUAUUUGGCUGUCCUGUUUUCUCCCCACCUCAAAACUGAGAUGAAGGUAUAAUUUGCAAAAACAGGAAUAAUUUAGGAAGGUGUCAAUUCUCAAUAUUUGGCUUGAGUAACCUUUAAUAUACUUGAUGACUUUAGGUCACCAAACAACAGACUAAAAAAAAAUGUAUAAAAGACAUCUUUGCUAAUCUAUUCAAUUGUAUAAUUCAUAGUUCCAGUUGUUUUUGAAGGCCUUGUAAUUGAUUCAACUCACUGGUCAAUAAAGUUUUUAGUUCAAAAUAUGGAAAAUGCGGAAAAUCCCAAUUAUGAGGAAAUUUAAUUUAAGAUUUUGCCUUACAAUUGCCUGUUAGUGUUUCACCUUCGUAAAGUUUUAUCCAUUUAAUCAUACUGAUGAAAGGUACUACAUUUUUAUAUAAAUGUAUCAUGUGUUUUCUAUUCAGUAACACCUUAUUUAUCUGACACCUUGGCAGGAUGAAAUGAUCCACAUAAAUUAAUUUUACAGAUAACCAAAGCUUGCUAUCUUAAGUGGCAAUCUUUUAAAAUUUUCUGAUGGAAAUCUUGCCAAAAUGUACGCCAUGCUUCUUAAACAGUAUUCUAAACAUAGUUUUAAUAUCUUGUUGGUUAGCACCAUGAAUAUCAAUACUUUACACUAUUUUGUAAUUCAACAAAACCCUGAAGCUGCUAUCAUGAUAUAUCAAGGGGUUUACCCCUAUACUAAAUAACCCCAGACUGCAGUAUUUUAAAAAAUUUUACUUGUUUAUCUGUCAAUAAUGUUCCAUUUCUAAUAUGCUGAAGCUAUAAAUCUAGAUACUGAGGAAUGCUAUGUAAUCUUAUAUAAAAGAAGAGCCAAUAGUUUCUAAUGGAAUGAGGUGCUAUCCUAUGAACUUGAGUAUAUGGACAUCAUGAUUUUUUUUGGUUGCCAAGAGACAUUUUUUCAUUGUCCUCUGGGUUCUUUUCUAUAAUGGAUAUGUAUAAUUUAGUAUCAUAAAAUAAUAAAUUUAAUGCUGGAACAGACCUCAGAUGAUGGACUAGGUUCUAUCUAGUCCAUCCCUGAGAGGUUAAGUGACUUAUCCAAUGUAUGGUAAUAAGUUUAUAAGUAACUUUCAGAUAAGUGUGUGACAUUCUGUGAAUUAAUUAAAUCCACCAAACUAUUGUUUGAUGGUUUUACUUAAAUACAUUCAAUAAUGGAUGGAUUAAAAUACAACUGAAUAUUUCUCAUAUGAAGCCCAUUAUUUAUGUAGUUAGAAGAUUCCUGAUGAGGUAUUUUGAUUCAGUGUUACUGCAAUUUAAGAGGAGGAGGCAAAUCUGUUGAAUGCUUUGUGUAAUAUCCUUGAAAGGAAUAGUUAAUAGUAUUGCUAUCACUAUGAAAUAAAGGUGUUUCAACUACUG